AUUAUGUCGAUUAAUGAUAUAUAGCAAUAUUCUCUGUCAUUUGUACUUUGGGAGAUAUAUUAAAAUGAAUUGUUCCACGGACUUUCUGUUUCACCUAAUACAAUAGCUAUGUGGGGCGGCCAUCAUAUACCUGGCCGUUCGGGUUAUCCUAAAAUACACACCCGAUGUGACUGAUGUGGGAAAAGAGACCCCGGCGUAUUCAGCGAUAGUGCUGUUAGUGGCAGGAGGGUUCAUACUUGUGGUCAGCUUUUUGGGCUGUUGUUGUGCUAUCCGUGAGAGCUAUUGUAUGCUUAAAACCUAUGGCGGACUCGUAUUCAUAUGUCUGGCAGCACAGGGUGUCGGCGCUUAUAUGGCCAUCAAAUACAACCACGAUUUGGAGCAAUACGUGAACAAAGGCAUUAAGUCAACACUGGAUGCCUACAAAUGGGAGUUAGCCGAGGAUGAGGCCACCAAUCGUGCCAUCAAUGAGUUCCAGAAGCAGUUGCAGUGCUGUGGAGGCAAAGACAGAUACGACUGGAACGGCGUUUAUGGCAAACCAGAGGCGUUUUAUAAGAAGCUCGUACCGCCUAUACUAGUGGACAGGGAGGCAGCGAAUACGUGUCGGGCAUCGCAUAUCACUAUUCGGUGGAUAUCCGGACGGAAAUACAGCACAACUACACCGAUAGAUGUGUUUCUAUUAAGCUCUAAGACCUGUCAUCUCGAGGGACCGGAUUUAGUGCUGUGGAGAGCCGGUGAAAACUAUGCAAAGGGAAUAAUUAAGGAACUGGAGUGCAGUGACGCCAACCCAAAGUCAGCCACUUUUAAAUACUUGCCAUUCCUUACAGUCUUCGCCAUUAAUAUAUUGUCGGGUUUAAGGUCUCGAUGA